AUGUUGCAUCGUACAAGAAGUCAAGAAACACUAAGUACCCUCAUCAAUGAUCGUAUAGCUUCAACCUCAUCAAGCGUGGAUGGACCCACUACACACCACCAAAAUGCCAACGAAGAAGAAGAAGCUGCUGCUGCUGCUGCUGCUGCUGCUGAUGUCAAUGACACCGAUUCAACCUUUGACUCGCUGUCUGAUUUGAUAUCAUACAUAUCACAAGAAACUUUGAUUCCACCACAAAUGAGGAUUCUCAAUCAUGCCAUCACUGAUUUUCAUGUCAUUAAGGAAAUCCCCAUCCUUUCAUGUUACUUGCAAACUGGUGUUCAUUUGUACCCUUCGUGGUCAGCAACAAGUCGCAACCAACCGAUUUUGACACGACCUUCAAAAUUCAUCAAUAAUAUCUUUCGGUUAAAUAGCCCUUUCUUGGUGAUUGAAAGUUAUGCAAAAUCGGCAAGGGCAAAGGCAGGCACCAAUGCAAACAUUAAUGUCAAAACAAAUGUUAAAACAAAUGAUGUUGCCACUUCAAAUGUACCUCCCCCACCAGCCAAGGAAGUUUUUUGUAGAGUUGAUUUCAAAAUUCAAUCAACUCGUAUCACCUACUACGUACUCACGUUUCCCACAUUAAACAAGUGCAUCUACUUGAUCAAUAACAAUAGUCAUUCCCCCAGUGUUGAUUUCGAACUAGACGGAACUCACUUUCGAGCAAUUGGCGUUACGGGUACCACAUCAGCAUUAGGCACGAGUGGAUUAAUCAAACUAUACGUGAUGGAAAACUCACCUGAUUUGUUAACUUUUGAUACUUCUUUUGAUUACAAGCGGAAGAAAUUGACAUUUGGUUCGCAAAAUCAAUUGAGCAAAUUGAUAGAUGGUCAGAAUCGAGCGGCUAUUGAUGAGUCAAUGAAACGGGCUCGGAAGUUGAUUAAUAUGCCAGUAGCGCAGUACCUUGAUCAAGGUGAUGUCAAGUUCAAAAUCGAGCACAGUUCCAUGAGCGCUGGUGAAUCAAAUGGCGCUCCACAGCAUAGCCACAGCCAUCAUCAUCAUCUCGGUGGUGGUAAGAAUGCCAAUAGUUUUAUCAAGCACGGCGUGAUUAAGAUGUUUGAUUAUGAGGGUGGGAAUGGCGGUGGUAGCUCAGAUGAAGAUAAGGAUGUAAUGAGUCAGGAAAUGAUGAUGAUUUGUUGUGUGUUGUUGGUAUUGAGAGAGCAGGAGUACCGCAAGUACAAGGGUGAUAAAAAGCCACAAUAUGUAUGA